UUUGGUGAAAUAGCCGGGGAUUUAAAGAUAAAGGGUUUAGUUGAUUCCAUGAACCCAGAAGAGUUCGAUCACAAACUUGAAAGUUUAAAAGAGGAGUGGACAUCACGUCACCCUAAAGGCCCAACAUUUUUAAAAUAUUUUAUGGAGUAUAAAGCUGACUUGAUAAAAAUUGUAUGAAUGCAGAUUUACGAAGUUUAGCUGGACUUGGUUAUCCCCCAAAACCAUACAACCAAAAUGCCAAUGAAUGCAUGAAUUCAACAAUUAAAGGAGAUCUAAGAAAAGACACACAAGGAAAAUUAAAGAUGAGUGAAAAAGAUUUCGUUAUUUCCCUUGAAAAAAUUGUAAAGAGGCAAGAAACGGAGGUUAAAUUAGCUUUAAUAGGAAAGGGUGAAUAUAGGCUUAAAGAUGAGUACAAACACCUGACACUCUCCGAAGAUCUGUAUUGGCGGAAAUCAGUCAGCCAGAGAGAGGCAGUUUUUGGGAAAAUGCUAAAGGAACCUCUAAUGUCAACAAUGGAAGAAGCAAUGGCAGGACCCAACAUCAAUAGUACCCAUUUGGAUAUUUUAGACUCUUUUCCAUCUACCACUUCGACGGAUAUUAAUAGCAUACCAUCUGAAAUUCUUCAAAGUAUUUUCCAUGAUGCCAAAAAUAUUUCACAGACCGCAAAUGGAAUUGUUCAAAUGCCCGGAUAUGAUGACAGUUCUUCAUUUUUUGUUAUCAACAGAGUCCAAAAAUCUGAUCCAUUCAAAGUGUAUAGGUCUAAAUGUGCAUCCUUGUUUACAUGUGAAACUAAAUGUCAUCGCUACAAUAGUUAUAAGCUUUGUGAACAUACAAUAGCUACAUCAAUCUACUGUGAUAUAUUUUCGGAUUAUAUUCAAAAAUAUAAAGCAAAGUUUUCAAAGUUGAAAGGAAAUCUUACUGCUAUCUCUCUAACUGGAAUGCCUCGGAAUAGAGGGCAAAAGCAAAAAGGAACAUCAGUUCGAAAAGGCAAAAAUAAUAAAACUUGCACUGAAGUAAUAGAUUAUUUAAAUCCAGAAAAUCCAGAAAAAAGAAAUAUGUUAGAUCUCGAACAGCCAUUUCAUUUGACAUUUCUGGCUGGUUUAGUAAAACAAGAGGCCAAUUGGCCUUAA